AUGCAUACCGCAACAGCAGCAUCACAACGCCACAACAGGACGAGCGAAGUGACCAAUGAAGGUAGUGUACCAAGGAAACGGAGGGCACGCUACGCCUUGCGUGCCUGUGAUGAAUGCAAGCGACGGAAAGGCCGGUGUGAUGGACAUACACCAUGUGAGUACUGCCGAAAGCGCUCUAUUGGAUGCCACUAUGAUGAAGAUCCUCGCUUUCUCCAGAACUGUGCCUGUGGUGAGUCUGGUCUAAGAGAGAUUUCAAAUGAUCCUGUAGCCGAAGGAGAUCAGAGAAAUGCCAAUGAGAUUGAACGCUUAACCACUUUGGUGGAGAAUAUGCAAAAGCAGAUUGAUAUGCUUGUCAACAUUCGUACAUUGCAUAAUAAUGAGCAUGAACAAACCGUUUAUCCAGCCCGCGCCAGUCACGCCCACGCUGUUACCCAUACUAGGCCUGCAGUAUCAGUGCAUAAACACCCAGCCCUUGACUACCAUACUCCUGACAAGGAUAUUACUGUAUUCUGCGGCGCUACGAGCUCAGAAUAUACUUUCAAUAUGGCCGAACGCAACAUUGCUGAGCAGCACAUCGACCCGAUCCCGCAGCAAUCAAUGUCUGCUUCUAAACACUCACCCUACUUUGCUGAGAAGCAAGCAACUCAUCAUGAUAACAGCAACUCCAUAGGAAGCCAGCAGCCUAUUAAGACUUCUCAGGCACCAUGUUCAUGCUAUUGCGAAUAUUGUACCCGCUCUUUGCGAAUGUUGACUAAAGCUGAGGCCCUACGACUUGUAGACAUCUAUGGAGAGGUCGUAGGUAACCUACACCCUUUCUUCAAUCAGGAACGCUUCAAGUCACAAGUGGAAUUGGUUUAUACGGCCCUGGAGUCUACGCAAGAAGCCGGAACUGACCGCCAAUGGAAUGUUGAUUCAGAUACUUUGGACAAUAUAAAAGUCGCUCUGGCGAUACCCCUUCUUGCGCUAGGUAUCGGCAAUAGCGACAUCGGAACAUCGCUUUAUGCUAGUGUUCAAGAUAAAGUUCAAAACGCCGUUUUCUCUCCCAUAAAAAGCGUCCAGAAGAUUGUUUUGUUGCUUCUUGCGGGCAUGUACCAUUACUUCCAUGAUGAUUUGCAACUGGCGUGGCGAACAUGUGGUAUCGCUGGCAAAGCGGCCAUGGAGAUGGGACUACACCGACAAGACGCAAUACUCCACAUGAUCGAGGAUGAAGCAGAGCGCGUUGAAGUCGUCAAUGUAAUGUGGAAUAUUGUUGUUCUUGACAAGCAAUGGAGUUGUGCGGCCGGGCUCCCACAUCAUUUCUCAGACGAGGGGUUUCCGAGAACCUUGCCGGAGCGCGUAGAGAAUCCCUACCUGAAAGCCAUGAUAUCGUAUGCGUCUUUUUAUACUCGAUUCUGGGAUUUUUCGGGAUCGAUGCAGACAGUAGGUGCAUGUGAGGAUGAAGAACUAUUCGACACUACCAAUUACCAAAUCGAACAAUGGCGAAAGAGAUCUCUGGCAGAGCUUUAUUUUGUGCACCCAAAGGACCGUACAACUUCUGCGCCUGAAAGUCUUCCUCAGUCCAUGCCGACUCUACUCUACCUUCGCGCCAACCAACUCCGCGGGCUCAUUAUCCGGUCUUGCUUUCUGUCAGGCUCUAGUAUAGCAGGAAGUCCACAAAUAGCACAGUCGGGAAUGGAAUUUGCUUGUGAUACGAUCCAAAUACUUGCAGACUUGGACGCAACUACCGAUCUAUACGCCAAACAACACCCGUUCUUUCAGCACUUUCUCGCCUCCGCGAUUGCCUUAUUACUAUUGGUCAUAGCGACUGAAUCGAAAAAGGAUACUUCAUUCAAACCUACGGAUCUACCAUUCUCUGUCAGUCUCAGCGAAAGCAUUGCACGCGCCUUCAGAUUGACCGCUUCUUAUUUCAAUGUCUCGGCCCCUUCCCGGCGACUUCUCAAAAGAAUGAUGUCAAUGGUAGAGCCGCUGUCAAAGUUGGGCAUAGUCUAUCCUACAGUGUCUGCCAACAAGGACCUCACAUAUCUUUCUCUACAAUCUCAGGUGAACAAUGAACAUUUUCAAGAUCCUCAAAAUUACACCCAGGGGAACGCUCCUCAACUUGUUGAAGGAACUAUGAACAGUACAGGGCCCUUCUAUAACGUAUCUCAACACGAAGUCUUCCCGGAUAUCUAUGCAACAGGAGGAGCACCUGGCAUGAUGCACAGCAUGUUCGCGCCAUAUUCCCUAACGGAUACCGAUUACGACCCUUUCGGUGCAUUUGAAUCUAUGAUGGAAGAUCGGACUUGGAUGGAAUUAAACACAUUAUUUUCUCUGGAUACACAAUAG